UGUCGGCUCACUCGAUUCAUUUGCAGGCAUAUCUGGAGUUCGACAUCCUCUGCACUCUGAUCACUGAACGUAACCGCGCCUUCCAUCAUCGAUCUUGCCUCCAACUUCUGACCGCCUUCUGACUCGACUUAUCGGGUGCAAACAGACCCUUUCCUAUCCCCCCUCCCUAUCGCGACCCAUCGGCUCUAAUGUCAAAGGCCCCAGUGGCGGCGGAGCACGUCCCGCUCUUCGAGGCGAUCGGCCUCCCUCACGCGAAGGCGGUCGAGGCGGCCAAGUCCGCGAAGCAAGCGGCGGCACUCAAGGAUAUCAUCGAGAAGUACCAGUUGGACAAGCGCGAGCCCAAGCUUGAGGAGAAGCAGGCGGGCUUGAUCUCAGCGCUCGCGGGACAGGUCGCGAAGGCGCCAGAUACGACGGAGGAGGCGCGCGACUUCGUGGUGGACAAGAUCUUGGAGGGGAAGUUGAAGACGACAGAUCAGGCUGUUGCGGCGGUGAAGUAUGUAGAGACUCGUCCCCCACCUAUAGACGUCCAGGAUUUUGACAAGGAGUGUGGUGUGGGCUUCAGCAUAACACCAGAAGAGCUAUACAAGCAAAUUGCUGAAAUAGCAGAACCCAGUGCGUCCAAGGGGUGGGCAGGGCUCGGCGCUGUGAUCAGCGCUGCAAAGGCCGUCCCCUCAUUGCGAUGGGCGAACGCGCUCGAGGUGAAGGCUACGGUGGAGAAGCUCUUCCUGGAGAAAUUUGGUCCUAAGGAGGCCGCGAAGCCUAAGGCAAAGGAGCCCAAGAAGCCCGCAAAAGCAGCGAAGACAGAGGUUUCUGAAGAUCCUUCGUCCUCUCGCAAAUCGGUCUUCGAAGAGGGCUUCCUCGGCGCCCUCCACAAGCCCGGCGAGAACCCCCAGAUCCACCCGCACCUCCGCGAACAGCACCUCGCCGCCACCGGCGGCCAGGUCUGGACGCGCUUCCCGCCCGAGCCCAACGGCUACCUCCACAUCGGCCACUCCAAAGCGAUCUUCGUCAACUUCGGCUACGCCGCGCACCACAACGGCAAGUGCUACCUCCGCUACGACGACACGAACCCGGAGAAGGAGGAGGCGCGCUACUUUGAGAGCAUCCUGGAGAUGAUCCGGUGGCUGGGGUACGAGCCGUGGAAGAUCACGUACUCGAGCGACUACUUCCAGCAGCUGUACGAUUUGGCGGUGGAGCUGAUUAGAAGGGACAAGGCAUAUGUGUGCCAUUGCACGCAGGAGGAAAUCAAGCAGGCGAGAGGGGAGAAGACGGGGCAGAAACCGAGGGCGUGUGUGCAUCGGACAAGGUCUAUAGAGGAGAGCGUGAAGGAGUUCGAGGCGAUGAAGGAUGGGAAGUACCGCCCGAAGGAGGCGAACUUGCGGAUGAAGCAGGAUUUGGAGGACGGAAACCCGCAGAUGUGGGAUCUGACGGCGUACCGAGUGCUUGACGCGCCACAUCAUCGCACGGGCACGAAAUGGAAGAUCUACCCGACAUAUGACUUCACGCACUGCCUGGUCGAUAGCAUGGAGAACAUUUCCCACUCACUAUGCACGACCGAAUUCGUCGCGUCCCGCCAAUCCUAUGAAUGGCUAUGUGACGCCCUGGAGGUCUACAAACCCCGCCAGAGCGAAUACGGCCGCCUCAACCUCGAGGGCACCAUCAUGUCCAAGCGAAAAAUCCUCGCGCUCGUCGACGAGGGCUACGUCAACGGCUGGGACGACCCGCGCCUCUACACCCUCAUCGCCCUCCGCCGCCGCGGCGUCCCGCCCGGCGCCAUCACGAACUUCGUCAGCGUCCUCGGCGUCACGACCUCCCCCUCAAACAUUCAGCUUGUCCGCUUCGAGCAGUCCGUGCGCGACUACCUCGAGGGCUCGGCCCCGCGGCUGCUCAUGGUGCUCAACCCGCUCAAGGUUGUUUUGGAAAAUGUGCCAGACGACUUCGUGCUCGAAGUUGAGAAGCCGCUGCACCCGAAGGUCCCCGCGCUCGGCACGUCGCGCAUACCGCUGGCGAAGGUGCUGUACAUCGACCGCGGCGACUUCCGCCUCGAGGACUCGCCGGACUACUUCCGUCUUGCGCCGGGGAAGACCGUCGGCCUGUACCAGGCACCUCAUCCCAUUACCUGCGUGUCGUAUAAGACGGAUGCGGAGGGAAAUGUUACGGAGCUGGUCUGCCGUUUGGAGAACGAGGGCGCGACCAAAAAGCCCAAGGCGUUCAUCCAGUGGGUCGCCGAGCAUGCACCGUCAGGUAGCCCUGUGCGCAUCGACGAGACGCGGGUAUUCCACAAGCUGUUCAAGAGCGACGAGCCACCAUCGGACUUCCGCUCGGACGUCGACAAGAACAGCCUGGAGGUGAUCAAGGGCGCGAUGGUGGAGGCAGGAUUCUGGCCGCUCGCAAAGCGCUUGUAUACGGAGGCAAAGCGAGAUGCGAAGGCAAGGACGGAGAAGGCAACCGCUGAAUCGGGCGAUGCACCCAGGGGAGGCGCGCCUACUGAUGCGCCGAGCGCAACCGCGGAGCAGCUCAUUGGAUUGGAGUGCGUGCGCUUCCAGGGCUUGCGUGUUGCGUACUUUGCUCUGGACAAAGAUUCCCGCAUCGCAUGCUUGGACGAGCCGGACAACGUCGAGCCAGGCAGGCGCCAAGGCGACUACCUUGUGCUCAACCGCAUCGUCAGCUUGAAGGAGGAUGCGGGCAAGUCCUCGUAGUGGUAGUACUGAAUAGAUGCGCAAUUGUCCCUGUAGCGUACUGAAUGUUGUAACUGUGUUGUAUAGUCAGCAAGGCCUCUAUUUGCAUGCCAAUGGUCGAGACAUACUUCGGUGAACAGCG